AUGGCGCUCAAGACGCCAAAAGCCCUUUGCCUCACCGAGCUCCCAAACGAAAUCCUUCUGGAGAUAUACCACCAGCUGGACUUGGACGGCGUUUUCAACCUCUGUGCCACCCACGACACAUUUCACGAACUGUUUACUAAGAAAAAGGCUUCAAUACUACUUCCCGUCCUAACUCGGGAGUUCAGCCCCUUCGAUGAACUUCUUCAGGUUUACACGGCCUCUAUUGAAGACCUUGACUGCCGCAGUGGCCUGUAUAUUCCACGAAGAGUUAUAUUCAAGCGGUUUCCUGGAGAUACCGGAACAGUGUUGGCACCAAGCUGUGACCAUAGACCUGCUGUGGCAGCAGAAGCUGUGGGCGGUUUCAUUACUCUGAACAAACCUGGGAAGCCCAUCAUACCCUCGGGUCAGCCUCACAAAACGGUUGUUUUGACAGAGGAUGAUUUGAAGCCGCUACUCGGCUAUUGCUCACUUGUGUUAAAAUGGCAAGCCAGGUUUCCGCAGAUGAGAUGGUUCCAUGAACCUGAGAAUUGCCGCCACCUCCGAGGACACGAAGCUGAGAGAUUCCGCAGGGCCAUGUAUCGCUGGUGGCUCUACGGCUUCUACUUUCACGGAGAGUUCCCACGACCCCGUAUCGGCCUUCCCGAGCCAGGUGUGGAUGAUGUACGACUUAGUCAACUUCGAUUUUACUCCACAAGUGAGCUUGUAGAGCUCAUGGACUUGGUCGAGACUAUGAAGGAUGUUGUCUUGCAUUAUCUCUGUCCCCGCCUGGACCCCAGUCAAGAUGAAUAUGAGGGAUAUAGCUCUUAUCUAUAUGACGUUGUUGACCGACCCGACUCGCUUGCGAGAGGUUGGCGCGAUCAGAGUCGAUGGGGUCGGAUCAUAAAGACAUACUGUAAACUCGGCCCCAAAGACUUGAUGUACCUAUUUGAGAACAUCUACAGUUAUCCUCGGAACCGACUUAUCACAGAAGCUCGUUCUCUUCAGCCAAACCUCACCUUUGACCAGGAGUCUAUCUCAAUAUCAACUCAAUAUGGAUUAGGAGGUGUUCUAGACUGGGACGACGAGCGCGAUGCAGAGCGCACCACAUUCGGGAGCGAUGGAAGCCUGGAUGGGACGUUACCAGGAGGAGCUAGGAUGUUGAGGUCAUGGUCUCACUACUCACCCCGAGGAGAUGAUGGCUCUCACCUGGACGACAUUCAUCGACAUCCUUGGUUUGAAGGUAGAUCCAUGGUAUCGUUUGCUUAA